AAUAAACGGGGCAGAAAACUGUUGACAACUGUGGCUUAUUCUCAAACUUCUCCAGUUUUUAAACUGUUGCGAUGUGUUUCAGUGUGUUUUGUUGUUGUUGGUAUGGGCUUUAAAUAGUGCCAGCUAGCUAAUGAUCCCGGCUAGUGAGCUAGUGUUUUUGUGUAGCGCGUUUCGGGGCUUAACGUUAGCUAGCUACCAGGGUUUAGCUUCCAGCCAGCAGCAGCAUGGAGGAUGGCGGCAGGCUCGGUAACAUGAAGGCUUUGCUCGGCAUCGUUGCCGGAGCUGGAGCUUCCUAUGGUUUAUACAAACUUAUCAGCGGGGGGACUCUCAAGAGAAACAAGAAGAGUGUGACCAGUGAAAGCUCCGUGAGCGUGAAGAGCGGCCAGCAGAGUGAGGUGAAGCUGCAACCCGGGAGCCUGCUGGCUCGAGUGUCUGGACUGGACGUGGUGUGUCCCCGGCCGGUGGAUGUUACAUCAGGUGAUAUCAUACAUCAGUCCCCCAACAAUCUGGAACCACAGCACCUGAAAAUGCUGCUCUCAUGUCUGCAGAACAGCAAUAAUCCAUCUGACAGGUGUCGGAUUCUCCUCACGUUGGGAAAUGCUGCUGCUUUUACUGUGAACCAGAAUCUAAUACGGGAAUUUGAAGGGAUUCAUAUCAUAGCUGGAUUCCUUUCUGACUCUGCCGCAGAGGUUAGAGUGCACACUCUGAACGCUUUAAAUAACCUGUCUAUGAACAUCGCAAAUCAGGAGCAAGUUAAGGUUUACGUGCCACAAGUGCUGGAACUGAUUGAAAUGUCACCAGUGAAUUCCGAACUUCAGCUCAGUGCUCUGAGGCUGCUGACCAACCUUUCAGUCACCGACACACAUCAGCACUUACUGAAGGAAUCAAUUACACUUCUAAUGUCUCUCCUGGUUGUGAGCAAUGAAGCAUUACAGGUUCAGACUCUGAAAGUCCUGGUAAAUCUGUCGUCUAAUCCAGACAUGAUGGACGACAUUGUUCAAGCUCAGGCACCAGCGUCUGUGGUGCUCUUAUUUGACCAAAGAACGGCUCCUGCAGUGCUCCUACGCCUCCUGACCUUUGCGGGGAACUUGAAGGCCUGGAGGCCCUCUGCCCAGGUGGCUGAUGAACUGAGGAGGAAGCAGGACUGCCUCUUCCGGGUCAUGUUGGAUGAAUCUUCUCAGCUCCACAGCAGACUCAUCCAGCUGCUUUCACACCCCGACUCGGAAAUCCAGGCUCACGUUGCUCGUAUCUUGACAUAGAUUAUUCCUCUUUCUCUCUCUGAUACAUACACAGAUUUUGCUUCCUAAAGCCACAAAUUUGUUAUCCUCCCAGUUUUGAAUCAUGCACCUUUUCACACCUCACCUUUUCAUCUUUUCCCGUUUCACUCCCUUACUCCGAUUAUCUACAGUCAAUAUUUUCACAUGUAGCUAAGUUCACCAGCCACACUCCCUUGGUUUCUUACACAGGUGUCAGAUGAUGGGCAGAGUUGAAGCAGGACAAAACUGUUCCUUCAGUUGUGUUGAAAACAAGCCACCUCUUCCUGCUUCAUCCUGCUGCCGAGAAUUUUCCUUUCUUCAAAGACCCACAGUGCCCUUUCCUCAAGAACUCUACCUAAAAA